CCGCGCGCACAGCGUGGCGCUCACCGCAAGACGAGCGGACGCUGCAGAGCUGCACACUAUACACAGACACGUAUUUUUCAUCGCUGGCACGGUUCCGGUGCCGCCGUUCGGCGUCUGUCAGCUGGUGCAGAGAGCGCUCUCACUGGCUGCACCAAAAUGCAUUAAUAGCGGUGCGAAACCUGCGUAUUGCGCUGCCAAGCACAUCAAUCACAGCUCCGACCAGCGCAAUGAAGCUCCUGCCACUAACGACGCUGUUGUGCCUCGCGCACGCCGGUAAGAAAACGGUCCGGAAACGCGUCCCUACCACGCCGAGGAGGCGCCGGCCUCCCGCGCCCACCGCGAACUACACGCUCUCCGCGAAAGUAUCCUCGGCGGUGGACUGCCGGCAGAUCUGGCAUCUUCGCGGCCGCCGCUCCCGCGUCGUGAACCUGGCGAUCGCGCGCACCGGCAGCGAGUCGGUCACGAGGACCAUGGCCGCGGCCGGCGCCGCGGCGCACCACGACCACGCCUGUUCACUAAGAGACGCCAGUCGCGCGGGCUACGACCGCGUGGUCAUCUCGCUGCGGGACCCCGCGGCGCGGCUCGUGUCCGGGUUCCAGCGGCGCGUCGCCGGUGGGGCGAAAAAACGGGCGAACCGAGACUUGGCCGACAUUUUUGGUGACGACGUCGACGGCUACGUGGAGGCGCUGCGCGACGUCACACAUGCGAAACACGCCGCCGCGCUCCGCGUCAGCCUCGCGCCGAACGCGCAGCACUGGCUCAUGCCCAUCGAGGAGUACUACCUGCGCGGCUUCGAGCCGCGGGCCAACGGGUCGCUCGCGGUCGCCUUCGUCUGCACCGAGGCGUUGGAUGCCGGCGUCCGCGCCGUCGCGGCGCGCUGGGAUUUACGAGCUCCGCCCGCCACCGAGGCGACGACGCACCACGCCUCGCCGAACAAAUCGCAUGGCGGCAUGCUCGCACCGGCCAACGCGGCGUACGUGCGAGCACUGUACGCGCGCGACGCGGCCUUGCACGCGGCGCACUGCAUGAAUGACGUGUCAUUUGUGCGCUACGGGCCCGUCACCGGCCCUAAGAAGGGGCCGAGGAGCGAGUGGGGUCCCUCGGAGCGGCGCGCCUACGGGCGGCUCACGGUCGACCACGCGCGGCGCUUCGUGGCCGCCGCGACGGUCGCGCGGCGCGCGGCGGUGGCGCGGCUCGCGCCCGAGAAGCGGCGCGAGGGCGUGCUCUUCGCUGCCGCGGGAUCAGCUAGCUUCGUGGCCGCCGAGGUCGCGCCGGCGGUCGCUCAUUUACAACGCGUUGUUGGGGUCAAGAACGCGACGGAACGGUCCCGUAUAGGAUACGCGCUCUACCUCGAAUCAGAGCUGCACGCCGCCGCCGAUUCACUGAGACCGUUCUUCGACCUCAUCUUCGAUAUUAAUGAGCCGAUCCGGAAGAUGGCCGCCGGAGCCUUGCGCUUGGACGGCAUGUACAAGGCGUACAAACUGAUGAGUGUCGCGGCGAGCCCCUUCGACCGGACGCUCUACCUCGACUUCGACUCGCGGGUCUGCGCGCCGAACUCGAUGCGGCGCCUCCUCGAUGCUGGUGUAGAUGGGGAUGUGAUGGCGACCUCGAAGUACCUGGGGACGUCGGAUCCCUGGGCAGUGCAACAUAGUUCGAACGUCGUGGUCGUCAACGGGCCCCGCGGCCGCGCGCUGUUCUCGGUGGCGCUACUCGCGUAUCGGCUCAUUGGUGGGCCGCGAGGCACCCAACCCCCGGAUCAACCGGCGCUCAUGGUCGCGCUGCGCGCGGUCGCGUCGGCAGACGGAAUACUGCGAGAGGCGUGGCCGCUCAACUUCACGGAGGCCUCUCCGGACUUGGUCUGUCGCGCGAAGAUCUCGUCCUCGACGACGUGCUCACCAACGUCGCCGUGUGCCGUCGUGCACAAGCCGGCGAAGCACGACGCGUCGCGCAAGAUCUUCGUCAUCGGCUUCAAGAAGACGGGCACGACGACGAUGGAGCGGAUUUUAUCCACACUCAAGAUGACGCCGGCCCUGCCGGGCAAGAUUCGGGUCGCGGCCUCGCGCGCGCUCGUGCGGCAGGGCGACCCCGAGCCCGCGCUCGCGGCGGCGGCGUCGCCCGCGCGCGCCUUCGAGGACUCGCCCUGGUGCAGCGCGGCGGCAAUACCGCAGUUCGGCGGCGCGCGCCUCUACGAGGAGCUGGCCAAGCGGCACGAGAACGCUCGUUUCAUUCUUACGGUGCGGGAGAGCCAGAGCUGGUGGGCGUCCGUGGAACGGUGGGUGGCCGUCAAAGCCAGCAAGAAGGAAAAGCUCAUCAGAACGUACACGACGCUGCUAGGUGUCACGCGCUUCGACAACGAAACGUUCAUCGAGGCCUACGAAGAGCACAACCGGCGCGUCCAGGAUUUCUUCUCCGACCAGCCCGACCGUUUACUCGUGGUAGACCUACGCGAGGCGACGUGGUCGACGUUCUGCGUGUUCCUCGAGUACUGGUCGGGCUGCCCCAGCGGCGACCUGCCGCGCGAGAACACGUACCAGGCCCCGGCGCGGUCGAACUACCGGAGCCGGCGGAGCCGUAGCAAGUCUUCGGUCCCACCACACAGCAGCGCCUAUGUGGGUCCGCUAGGUAUGUGAUGAUAAGUGAUAUUGUAUAUA